UAAGAACGUCUGAGUGUAUUCCAACUUGAAUGCAAUUUCUUGAUCGUGUAACGUUCGGUAAGCAACGUAGGCAGAAAUUAAAUUAUCGUGACAGUGUCUAUUGCCUGUGAAGGUGCCCAGUAGAAACAAAACAUUUGUUUACAUUUCUUUGAAAGCUGCUGAAAAUAAAGUGAUGGAUAUUGGGUUGUUAUGGUUGGAAAUAUCUCGCAGCUUUCCGAUAUUAAGUGGAAAUGUUGCAAUCACAUAUUCUGAUGAUAAAAGACACCAACAACUGUGCAAGGAAAUGAUAUCGCUUGGGUUAAGUGGCGCCUUGAGCGAAAUAGUUUUUUCCGAAAUACAAGCUGCCGUUCGUGACAAAAUUGUCCCUUUGUUUUGGUCAAAUUUUCCAAGACAAUUAGGGAUUGCCGAACAAAGUGUUGAAUCGCAAUUUUUAAUGUUUCAUCAAUUUGCCUCGGCUGUUGACAAUCUGCUGAAAAAUAUUAUUUGCUUAAAAGUAUUUAUAGAGCGGGUGAAUAAAUUGCAUCCUCAGCAAAAUAAUGAAACUUGGAAUUUACAUGCUCUAUUACUGAAAACGUUACUUGGACAAAUGCCAACUGGUUUUAAUGAAGUUGUGUCUGCUUUUUACUGCCUAUCCUUCCAGAUCUAUAUUCAGAUGUACACUAAAAGUGCUGUGUUAAGGGAUGUUGAAUUAUUGAUGAAUAAAAAAGAAUGUGCCGGAUGUAAAAAGGAAAUAAAUGCCUGUGAGUGUCAAAGUUUGGAUGUAUUAAUAAACAAAACAAAUAUGGCGUUACAAGAAAUGGAACUUUUAGAUGGCAUCGCUGGAGAAAGUUUGACAUCGCUGGUUCAAACAUGCAUAAAAGAGCACAUUAAAGAGACAUGUCAUGGAAUAUUUGACAGAAGUUUUUUGAGACAGCUUGAAAUUUGGCUGGACGAAACUAUAAUUAAUUGGCUGAGGAAGAUAUUUAGUCAUAUAUGCAUACACUCGCAAACUCCUGAAACAAGUACUUCUAAUAUUAUUAAAGGAUUCAAAGUUAAAUUAACAUAUUUUUUGUAUGAAAAUUUGGCUCUUAGCAUUAUUGAACAGUUUUUUAGUAUAAUCAUUGAUUUUCCGGAUUCCAUUCCUGCCAUAGAUGAUUUAAAGAUUUGCAUGGAGAAGAUAGAUAUGAGAAAGCACUUCAUUCAAACUCUGACGAAUACACUAAAAGUACGAGUAUUACAUCCUGGCGUUAAUACUAUGGAUAUUUUAACUGGAUAUAUUGCGGCUAUUAAAGCUAUUAGAUAUCUUGAUAACAGUGGAAUUAUUUUAGAAACAGUAACUGCACCAAUAAGAGAUUAUCUUCGCAAACGCAGCGAUACUGUGAGGCGAGUGGUAACAGGUCUCACUGAAGAAGGUCCUACUGAUUUAACAGAAGAACUAGCUAAAGGAGAAUCAAUUAAAGGAAAUCCCAAGCUAGACGGUAAUGACGAACUUAACAAUUGGGAAAAUUGGUUGCCAGAUUCAUAUGGUAUCGAUCAGACAGCACGCGCUCAGUUAACCAAUGUCAACCGUUCAUCCGAUAUAAUAUCUAUGGUAGUUGAGAUAUAUGGAAGUAAAGAACUAUUUAUGAACGAAUAUCGUAACUUAAUGGCAGAUCGGUUACUAACUUAUUUGGAUUUCAAUGCCGAUAAAGAAAUUCGAAACUUGGAAUUACUUAAAUUAAGAUUUGGAGACUCGUUACUUCACAGUUGUGAAGUCAUGUUGAAAGAUCUCACGGACUCAAAACGGAUUAAUUCACAUAUCUCAAGUGAUUCCACAUAUAAAGAAAAUAAAAUAUUUGAUAUAUCAGCAUUCACAAUAUCUGCACAGUUCUGGCCAACUUUCAAUAAAGAAAGUUUAGAGCUUCCUAAAGAAAUUGCCAACGAGUUUGAAAAAUACACUAAAGCUUAUGAAGCAUAUAAAGGAAAUAGAACAUUAAAUUGGAGGACAGUAACUGGACGAGUGAAUAUUCUUAUUGAAAUAGGGCAACGGAUAAUAGAAAUGACAGUAGCACCAACACAUGCAAUCAUAUUAUACCACUUCCAAGAUAAAGAUGAGUGGACAUUAGAAGACCUUAGUCAGAUCACAAAAGUUCCAUCUACUAUAUUGCGUCGAAGAAUUGGGUUUUGGAUCUCUCACGAUCUAAUAAAGGAAAUACGACCAGGAGUAUUCAAACUAAUGGAGAACGACGGCAAAAAGUCGUCAUUCGAAAAUACACAAUUAGGUCAACCACUUGGAGAGGAAGAUGUAGAAUCAGCUAUGGCUUCUGCAAGCGAUCAGCGGGAAGAAGAGCUUCAGGUAUUUUGGUCAUAUAUAGUUGGAAUGCUAACGAACUUGGACUCCUUACCACUUGAUCGUAUUCAUCAGAUGCUUAAAUUAUUUGCCUCACAUGGAGGUGGCAUAGAAUUCACGCAAGAUGAGCUUAAAAAUUUUCUACAACGAAAAGUUAGAGAACAUAAGUUAAUGUAUACAGGUGGCGUAUAUCAAUUAUAUAAAUAAAAUCUUAACAAAUAAACCGGACCCACCAGUAUAAAAAAUUUAAUCAACCUUAGCUUAAACUUCGUGUGAAUAAAUCGUUCCCAUGUAUUUUUUUCACGCGAACGAAAAAUUCGUAUACGAAUUUCGUGUGAAAUGUUCGAAUUUCGAUUAUACAAUUGUGAACUUCGGCAAACAGUAUCAUAUGAUUUUGUUUUGAUUUAGUGGCAUUGACAAAAACUUUGAACUUAUAAAGCCAAUUAUGCGACUGUUUUAGCUUAAACGCGUAUUUUUAUUUUUAAUCAUAUAACAUACAUAUCUUUUUGGAUCGAAUAGGUAUUAGCUGCAUAAAUUAUGCAGAUAAAAAUUUUCUGAAGUAUUAGUAUUUUUGAAGGAAUAAUAGAUUUAAAAAAAACUUCUUGAAUGGCCCCACAUUGGGUAGCAACUUGAAAAUCGAUAGUUACUUUUGUUCAUUCUGAAAUCGAUUUCGGUGGUAGCUGUUGGAAGAAUCAUGUAACUUCAUUCAAAAUACAUACACUUUUUCUUUGUUUUCUCUUUUUAAAUUCUUGCCUAUAUCAGGAUUUUCGGCCUUACUUGACCAAAGGCGUCAACUGUAUUUUGUUAAUAGGUUAACAUAAAGUACAUAGUUAAUAAAAUAUGCUUACAUUGUGCCAUGUGAAGUUCACGAUAAGAAAAAAAUUUUUUAACUUUUCCAUGGGGAAUGGCCUCCACACGAAGUUUACAAUAAGGCUGAACAGUUUUAAAAUAUUUUAAUAAAAUCAAUUAACGUA